GAAGCUGUUUUCUUUCUCUGUGUGGCUAUAUAGUUUAGAGAAGAUUCUGUGGAGGAGAAGCCAAAAGCAAUCUAUUUGUUUACCGGCAUUAGAUUUUGGUUCCUUUUAAAGCUAUCGAUGCCCUUUUGAAAGCAUAUAAGAAAAGUUGGUUUAGUUCUUUGUAGGAGAUAGUGAAAGAGAGCGAGAGAGUAUUUUCUUCUUUUUGCCAUUUGAAGUCUCUAUGAAAUGUUCUUCAAGUUCGAGAGUCUGUUUGUCGAAGAAGAAAAUACCGAAGAAGGAGAGUGGGAGAAAGAAAGAUAAGAAGAGCAGAAACCCACCAUCCAGAAGUUGGGAAACAGGAAGAUAGACGCCGGAUUCGAUCUAUUUUGAUCUGUUUCUGCUGGAAGUUGUGCGAUGUCUGCAACUAUAAUCAGCGAUCCAGUGGUUAUGUCGAAUCCAGAAACCCAACCAGUGGCUCCUAGUAACAUUAUAGUUUCUGCACAAACCGAAGUUGAAUCUGCAAUCUGUGAUUGCUGUGGACUGACGGAAGAAUGCACUCCUGCUUACAUAGAACGAAUCAGAGAGCGAUACUAUGGGAAAUGGGUUUGUGGGUUAUGUGCAGAAGCUGUAAAAGAUGAGAUCUUGAGGUCUGAAAGGCUUAUCAGUACAGAAGAAGCCAUGGCAAAGCACAUAAACUUCUGCAAAAUGUUUAAGACUUCAGGGCCUCCUCCUAAUCCAACAGUGCAUCUGAUCUCAGCCAUGAGACAGAUUCUUCGGAGGAGUUUGGAUUCUCCGAGGGGGUUAAGGUUAAGAUCCACACCAAGUAGUCCAACUAAGAUUUCUGACACAGAAAUUCAUAGUACUACUGGGCUUACCAGGUCUGAAAGUUGCAUCCCUAGCCUGUCUGCUUCAUGAGGGCUUAUGCUGAAACAUGAAUUUUCUGUGCUGUUCAUCGCUCAAGUGUUGUCUUUAUCUUUCUGAAAAAGACACUCUCACUUUCCAAGAAACUGAGAGGAUCCAUAUCUGUAUAUGGGAUGGGGGAAAACAAGAACAGGAAGCGAUAAGAAGGGGAAAUUGAACUUGAACUUGUACUUGAUUGGCUUAAAAUGGAUGAGGGAAACAAGAAUAAACUCAUUAUAAGUUAAGGCUUCAAAGUAGAUGUUCAAUUUUAGUUAUUUAGUCCAGUAACUUGUCUUUCCGUCAGUUGUCAUCAGAAGUUUCAUAUAAAUAUCGUAAGAAAAUUUUGCUUCACUCCUAA